GUGCAUCCCGGAUCCUAGGCGGCGUAUCCUGCCCAAGAGAGAGGCGGGAUAGCUCUGUUCACGAUCCGUCGAGUCAGCACCGCGCGAGGCUCGUGUGUAGAAAAGUGCCAGGAUGACCCACCAUCGGGUACAUCGAUGCCCGGAUUGAAAGUCAUGGUAGAAGGCUGACCGACACAUCCGAUCGACAAGUUGCAUGCGUCUGAGAGUGCGUCGGGGAAUGUCACGGUCGUCGCAACCACUUUGUCAACAGCUUGUCGCGUGGCUGUUGAUGGUGGUGCGAGGUUUGGUGAGUAAUGGCUUGCCGAGGGGUCAGCUGGCCAAGCGAGCACCAGCCGGUAGUGCAACCAAACUCAAUGUCAAGCAACAUUUAAAUCGACCGGGUACGGCUCUACAGCUAUGGCCAUAUGAACAGCAAUUGCAGGUGCAAUUAUUCAAUGAUUUCAAAGCCGGGAUGGCGGCACCUGUGAGAAAGUCGAUAACCACAUGUCCCAGGAGCGAAGCGCCAACAUUGCCGACUUGGAUACAAAGUGAACUGAGCAAAGCUCCAACAGUAUUUGGUAUAUUCUGCCACAACCGUCUAUGAUACAUCGGCAGGCGAGGGCCAUGCGCCGAGUCGUGGUGCCUUACGUGCAGCCUAUUCCUUCUC